GUUGGCGGUGAUCCGGUUACCUGCCUCCAUUUUGUGUUGGACGGCCCAUUUCCGUGUUUCCGAGAAGCGACCGAUAAACGCUGUGAAGUGCGAGUGCCACUUUGCUUGGUGGUCAAAACGAGAGUAGAAUAAAAAGUCAAUGGAAAUACGUUAGAGAUAAUCAUAGCAUACGUCUUAUUAGCUGUAGUUGCACAUACAUAGAACUUGUUAACAGACAUUCAAGACGCCAGCUAAGUUACACUGGACGUCUGACAGCUGGCGCGAGUAAACAGUAACUUGGCUAGCUAACUAGCUGGCUAGCAAGCUAACUUUGGUUACCAGAUUUUAUUGAUCUACACAGUAAGCUAAUUUAGCGUCGGGCCCGCUUUUUAAAACAUUUUCUUCUUUAGUAAGCAAGAGAGACACCUACCGUACAGCCUGGAAUUCUGUUAACAAACUUGCCACAAGUGCAGUUUCCAUUCAUGUUGUUAUUGAAGACAAGACUAGCAAUCUUUCAAGACAGGGUGUCUGAGAGUGUUCCCAGAGCCGAGGCGGUGCUCUAAACCUCCCCCCCCCCCCCCCCCACUCCCCCUUCCCCAAGGAUGCCUGUUCCUCCUCCCCCUCCUCCUCCUCCAGGACCGCCUCCUCCCCCCACCUUCAGCCAGGCAAACACUACUGCGCCGAAGCUGAGUCGGGAUGCGGCGAAGGGGCGAGGAGCUUUGCUGUCUGACAUCAGCAAAGGAGCCAGGCUGAAGAAGGUCACAGUGGUCAAUGACAGAAGUGCACCUAUUAUAGAGAAACCAAAGGAAAGUGGUGGAGGAGGAGGAGGGAGCAGUGGAGGGUCAGCAGGACCAGGGCCAAUGGGAGGCCUUUUCGCUGGGGGCAUGCCAAAACUACGAUCAGUUGGAGCUGGAGAUGGCACAGUGGGCAGAUCAGCCCUGCGUCCUCCUGGGUCCCGACCUGCAGCCCCAAAGCCCACCCCUGGCCGCUCCAACUCCCCUUCGCCAGCAGACAAGCCUUCCCCCCCGGAGCACCAGCGCUCCCAACGCCCCUCCCUCCCUGACAUCCGCCCUCCCAGCAGCUCCAGCUCCUCCCACUCUUCCUCAGGUGGGAUGAAGCACAGCACUUCAGGCUCGGCCCCGCCCCCUCCGCCGCCUUCCAGCAUGAAGCAAAGCGCAUCUGCCCCAGCCCCGCCCCCACCGUUCAACCGGAGCGGUUACCGUGGCAACGCCCCGUCCACCCCACAGCAGAAGACCCAGACGGGCCCUGCCAACGGCCGGGAGAUGCCCCUUCCCGCCCCGCCCCAAAGAGGCCCGGCUCUGCCCAGCAGCGCACCCCCUCCUUCAUCGAGACCGCACCCUUCCUCCACGCGGCCCCCCACCGGGGGGUCCUCGGCCCCGCCUCCCCCUCCGCCUUACAGACAUCCCUCCGGGGGAACCUCCAACGGCCCCUCGGGGCACCACCCUGGGGACGGGGCUCCGAAGCUGCCCCAGAGGCACAACUCCCUGAACAAGAAAAGCAACCCGGGCGGUGGCCAUAGUGGCCGCAACCACGCGCCCCCUCCACCCCCCUCGCCGUCUGUCGCACCGCCAGGCGGAGGCAGGCCACCACCGCCUGCCAGGGAACCCCCCGGACGGAGAUCAGCUCCUUCUGUGCCCAACUCCGGAUCCCGGAACGGAGGUGGCGGGCAGGCCCCUCCUCCCCCGCCCCCGUACCGGGUCCACAGUGCCGUUGCCCAUUCCACCUCCUCUGAGCCACUCCACCAGAACCGUGGGCCCAAGCCCCCUCCACCCCCCUCAUCUUCCUCCCGCACUGGACCCCCGCCGCCUCCCCCACCUAUCCGCAAUGGACACUCCUCUUCCGUGUCCUCGUCAAAGUCCAACAUGGAUGAUUUUGAAGCCAAGUUCAACUUCCACCCUAUGGAAGACCUACCACCCCCUGAGGAAUAUAGGAACAUCACAAAGAUCUACCCCAGCAGAAGCAAUAAACCUGGACCAGGCAUGAUACGGGGAGUACCUCCAGCACCGCCUGUGGGAAGGUGAACUAUGGAUCUCAGGAGUAGAAAACAGACUUCAUAACUCACUCUUAUCGGAGGACGUUCAGGGGAGUGGCAUUAGAACACUCAACACAUGUAGGUCUACAUGUAGACACUUUAAAGGACCGGCCAUAAGCAUGUCCAGCCCAAACACUUUAGGAAAAACGCUACUUUUGUUUAGAACGACACUACAGUUCUACUAAACCACACACUACCCGGGGCUCUCUGUGGGUCUUCGUAGCAUGAUAGAACAGAACAACGCUCAACGGAGGAACUGACUUUGACUUUUUUGACUGUGCUGUGGCCACAAGCCGGUCUUUCUGCAAGUUGGCGGCGGGGUGGGGGGGUGGGGGGGGGGGUCGUGUUGACACUUUAUCGGAGCAGGGUCAACUGAGACUUCCGAAUUCCACAUUCCGUCUUUUGACGUUUGCUCAUAUUCCAUGUGAUCGACGAUACCUGCGAGUUAUGAUUUAUUAUACGGUGUUUUUAACAUGUUCCAGAGUCAACGGCAGCGUCUGUGCUGUCAGAAGGAAGGGAUGGGACUAAGACUUUCUAUCGUUGAACACUGGGUAGGAACCCAGUCAUUUAGUUUUCAUUUUCCUAGUAGACACGUUGGCGGGCAAAUUAAUUUCCCUAGACAAAUUGCGACAGUGACUCACCAACACAUGUCAUGUUGCCAACAAUGCAUUGGUUGUCUGUUGUAGUCUUUAUAGUAUGUGGUGUGUUUUCUAUAGGUUUUAAAAUGGCCAUGCCACCAGUCCCACUCGUUGAGGAGGUGUGUGGAACCAAAUUCUUUCCCUUCUUGAUGUGCCAAAACUGGGUGGGGUAGAAUAUGUAGGGCCUGUCUCCCGUAGAAAAUAAUUUACGUCACACUAAUCGUUUUUAUUACUUUGAGUUGGAAGGGGACAUGAGACAUGCACUAAAAUCCACGUCAUGUUUUCAUAUCAGUGGGGAGAGUAAAGGGCAGAUUUGACAUUGGUAUUCCCAAUUAGAUUUUUAUAAUUUCUCCCUCAAGGCAUUGUUCUGUUAGUAAGAAAUCUGAUAUGUUGAUGUCGUGUUUUGACACUAGAGGAGAACAGAAAAUGUUGGUUGCUUUCAAAGUUCAACAAACAUUCGUACGUAAAAACAUGAUUUGCGUGAAAAAAAAUCCACAUUACCACUCUUCUUUAAUGGGCGUUAGCGUUCAAAUCUCCUAUUCUGUUUUUCAAGGAAGGUGUUUGGGAUUACAGUUAGAUUCAUUUGACUAUUUGAUGCUGUUCUAUCUUUUGCCACAAGGGGGUGAUCAUGGUUAUUCCCAUCAUUCCUACAGAGUGGAUUUACCAUGGGUUGUGUUGCAGGAAUGUCAAUCAUUCAGCCCUGUGUAUUUCUGGAUUUUUUUAAGGGACCCUAAACACUUACAAAGUCCUUCAAGGGAGCAAUAUUCCUAGUGAAACUUGAAGUGGACUCUAUAUGGUAGGAGGGAAUCCAGAGAGAGUAUUUUUUUAUUUUUUAUGCAUUCCUAUGCAAGGAACAUUUUUGAAUGUGUUCUCACUUGUUGGCAGCAACUAACCAAAAACAAAAAAACACUUAAGUGCCAGAGAAGACACAGGGCAAAGUUUCCCUUAGAUGCUGUUCUUGGGUCAGUUUUAUAUUUUCCACGCGAAUGGUUACGGUUAGAAUCCUGUGAGGGAUGCUAAUUCUGGGACAACCAGGGGAGACCUCCCCAGGAGAGCCAGGGGACUGUAUGGGCUAGAAAGGCCCUGGAUGAUUGACUUCAGAGGAACUAAAAUGUGUCAUAAGUGAACAGUCAUUACAUUGUAGCUUUGUGACCUCUGUUAUUAUUCCAGUACAGCGAAUGAGAACAACACGGCAAAUAUCUGGAUAGAUUCCUGUUCUCUUCUCCAUUUGUUUUAUUUACCUUUCAGCCUGGCAGUUGCCUUACAACUAUUGUCAUAUUUAUCGGUACCAGUGCAUUAAUGAAGAAUGAUAUAAAAAAGGAAAAAAAGGUGAAUUAAAAAUGCCUGUCUAUUAAAAAUGCAAUAAAUAAUGUAUAUUUACAGAACAUAUGAGGAAUAUCGUGAUAAUAGUUAUUGAUCUAUUUUUAUGUUGUAAAAAGCUUGUAAUAUAGGGAGGAAAUUGAUGAAAUGAGAAAAUAUAACAACACUAAUGGGCUUUGUCUGACGGCCAGAGAGACUGGUCUCUUUGCAGCACAUGUCUUUAUGCCUGACCAUGUGUGUAUGUGAAUGUUCAAUAGUCUUAUUCUCACACAGGUGACUCAUUGAAUGUGUUCUCAUGUUCUUAACCUGUUCAUUCCCACAGUGGUCAUUUAACUAACUUGUUAAUCAAUCAUGUUUUAUUAUUUGAAAUAAAUAUAUGCCUUUGGGGAAAAAGGGUACUUGUUUUAAA